CAAACCAUCGACAAUGGUGAUGGUAUUCGCACAGAGUUGCACGAGCAAAACCCGCCAGCUCCCCCACCUUACUGAUAUGACGACGAGAAGUGCUCGCGUGACCAAAAUAUAUUUCUUAACUCUACAAAUCAUCGCCUUGGCCACGAUUCUAAUACCGAUCGCAGUUUACAGUUGGCAACACAUACAGGAGAUUGUCGAGGUAACCAAUGCAAUGGCGCCGUUUAUGCAGGCCACCAUAUCGCUUUGGAAGAUUUGGCUUGUCAUUUAUAGACGCAAGGAAAUGGCGCAAAUGGUUGAGAAUAUUUAUCUGAUAUCGUACAAAGCCUCUGCGAAGGAGUUAACUCACUUGAUACAAGAGAAUAAUCGCGAGCGUCUAAUGAACACCGCCUACUAUUACUCGGUGCUGAACACUGGCAUGCUGGCGCUUGCGGCGCCCGUUUUGGUGAGCUUCAUACAGUAUCUGCGUCUCGGCGAAUUCAGUUACAUUGUGGUGCUCAAGGCCACCUAUCCGAUCGAUUAUGCGCGUCCGCUAAACUACUUUCUGAUAUGGCUUUGGACCGCAGUUGCCAUCUAUGGCGUUACUUAUGGCUCAGUUUCCGUGGACAGUCUUUACUCUUGGUACAUACACAACUUGGUGGGAAACUUUAAGAUACUCCAGUCGAAAGUGCUCACAGCCGAGUUGGCAAACGAGCCGAGUCAACGUUGCGAACUAAUUUAUUAUUGCAUUGCGUAUCAUCAGCGUAUUAUUGCGAUGACCGAGCAAUUGAAUAUCAUUUAUCAGCCAAUCGUUUUUGUACAAUUCUCACUAAAUGCUUUGCAGAUCUGUUUUCUAGCCUAUCAGAUUGGCAGCGGUGUUGUGGACACAAUGGAUUUACCAUUUCUAUUCUUGUUCAUGAUUUCAGUGGGUAUACAACUAAUGAUCUAUUGCUAUGGUGGUCAGCAUUUGCAGAAUGAGAGCGUAAAUGUUUCGAAAUCCAUUUAUCAAACUAUAAACUCGGCGACCUGGCCAAACAAAUUACGUAAAGUACUGUUAAUCUCGAUGAUGCGCGCACAGAAACCCAGCAAAUUGACUGGCAUAUUUUUCGACGUUGAUUUGCCGCUUUUUUUGUGGGUUUGGCGCACUGCUGGCUCUUAUGUGACUCUCUUGCGCAGCAUGGACCAGAAAACUAUGUGA